AUGGAGAAAAUCAUUGCACCCGCCCCCAUUGUCCAGAGCGUAGGAUACGACGACGCUCACCAUCAGCCGGUGCUGGCCGGGGAUCCCGUCAACGACGGUGGCAGCCACAACCAAACCAUCAUGUCGAGCAACGGUGAUGGCCACCCGCGCCCUCAGAGUCAAAGUCUCUCCGAAGGCCGGCAACGAUCGGUGCAGACCGACGAAGAAAAGGCCGAGCUCGUGCCCCCUAUCGCCGACGGGCCGGACGGCGGUUUCCAGGGUUGGAUGCAGGUCCUUGCGGCCUUCCUCCUCGUGUUAGACGGUUUCGGCUUCAUCACGGCCUUUGGGGCUUUCCAGACGUACUAUCGCAAUCUCCUACCGGAGAGCGUGAGCGCCCAGGCCAUCUCCUACAUCGGCUCCAUGCAGAUCUUCCUCCUCUUCCUCCUCGGAACCAUCAGCGGCAGGCUCAUCGACGCCGGGUACUUCAGGAUCACCCUGAUCACGGGCUUCGUUUUCCAGAUCGGGGGCGUCUUCGGAGCCUCGUUCUCCAGCCAGUACUGGCAGUUCCUCCUCUCGCAGGGCAUCGCCACGGGCAUCGGCAACGGCAUGCACUUCACGGCCCUCGUCUGGUUGGUCUCGCAGUACUUCACCAAGAAGCGGGGGUUGGCGCUCGGCAUCAGUUCCUGCGGUGCCCCCAUCGGCGCCGUCAUCUUUAGCCUCAUCGCGCGCCAGAUGCUCAAGGAGAACACGGGCCACGAGUGGACGCUCCGUGUCAUGGGAUUCCUGAUCCUCGCCGACAGCAUCAUCAUCUUCCUCAUUGCUCGGCCCAAGGAGGCCACGCGCAAGGGAGGGCCCCUGCUGGAGCUGGCGGCCUUCAAGGAGUUACCGUACCUCCUUUUCACCGUCGGCAUGUUCUUCGCCCUCCUGGGCGUCUACUUUGCUUACUAUUACGUCCCCAACUUUGCCCGUGACAAGCUCAAGCUCGAUUCAGACGGUGCCCUGACGGUUCUCAUCGUCAUGUCGGCCGUGGGGAUCCCCGGACGACUGAUCCCGCCGUUCUUCGCCGACAAGAGCAUCAAGCCCCUGAGGACGCUCGUCAUCUCCCUGCUCUUCUGCAGCCUCAACCUCUUCGCCUGGAUCGCCGUGACUUCGACGGCGGGUCUCUACGUCUGGGUUGUCGCCUAUGCCUUCACGGCAAACGCGGUGCAGACGUUGUUCACGGCCUCCAUGGGCGAGGUGACGUCCGACAUGUCCAAGCUCGGCGUGAGGAUCGGCAUGGUCUUCACCGUCGUCAGCUUCGCCUGCUUGACGGGGCCCCCCGUUGGCGGGCGUCUCGUCGAGGUCGGCGGAGAUAACUACGCUUACGCGCAAAUAUUUGCCGGCGCGUCCAUGCUGUUGGGCGGUCUGCUUGUAGCGUUGGCAAAGAUGAAGCAGGUCGGCCAGAAGGAAUUCUGGCGGAUCUAG